AAAGUGAAGGGCAGAUCACCGUUGUUGGAACGUUCCCAGAAGCCUUUGUGGUUCCUGACGGAGACAUGGAGGCUGGCAGGACGAUGCCGCCUUUCGGGAACUUGUAGUUAUAGCAGCGCCAACUAAAGCUGCGGAGACCUACCCUUGCUCAUAACGGCAGAGGGAGUUACGUAUCUUAAAUUGGAGAAGGAAGUAGUGUAUGGAGCGCAGACGAAUGGACUGUCCAGCAUUGCCGAAGGGGUGGAAGAGGGAGGAGGUUACGAGGAAGUCUGGGUUGUCAGCAGGAAAGUCAGAUGUAUACUACUAUAGCCCGAGUGGAAAAAAGUUCAGAAGCAAGCCCCAGCUUGCAAGAUACCUGGGAGAUACGUUUGACUUGAGUUGCUUUGACUUCCGAACGGGAAAGAUGUUGUCUUCAAAAGUCAACAAGAACAAGAAGGUAGCGACAAGGGCCCUGGAUUCUAACAAAAAGUAUGAUGCCAGCUUGGUGCUGCCCAUCAGACAGACAGCUUCCAUAUUUAAACAGCCGGUCACACAUGUGCGCAGCAAGGCCAACAAGGGCAGCGAAACGAGGAACGACCCCAAAAGUGCAAAUCAAGAGCAACCCAAACAGAAGUCAGAGACUGCAGAAAAAGGCAGUAGUGAUCCAAUUUCACAUAUAUCCCAGUUAUUCUGGGAAAAGCGUCUUCAGGGAAUGAAUGCUUGUGACAUUGCAGAGGAAGUCAUCAAGAACAUGGAGUUACCCAAGAGCUUAGAAGGUUUGGGACCAGGCUGGAAUGAUGAGACAUUGUUACAGAGUAUUGCCUCCAGUUUGCACCUUAGUAACAACCCUAUCACAGGACAGACCACAGCACCAUCCACUGUAGAAAAGAACCCAGCAGUCUGGCUCAACACUGACCAACCCUUGAUGAAACCAUUGGUGGUAUCAGAUGAGGACAUUAGGAAACAGGAAGAGCGUGUUCGACAAGCCAGGAAACGGCUGGAGGAGGCCAUCGCUGGGAAAUAUUUACACACAAACAAAACUGCAGAGUAGUCAUAGGAGAUGCUGAGACCUACAUCACAUCACAGACCAACAUGUACUUGAUAGGGGUGUCCCAACAGCCUCUUCAUGCCUUUGUUAUUAUGUUUACUUACAAUUUUUGUUGUGAUAUCAUUCAGAGGUUAAUCAGUGUGUUGAACACAAAAUGGGACAAACAGCCCUGACCAGAGUAAUAUUAUUAGUCCUAAGAAACACAGACACACACACAUGUUCUCCUUGGUGUAUUGUAAAGAAAUACAAAAGAAUCAGUGUACAGAAUGGAUGACUUUGGGGGAAACAUGUUAACAUGUUCAGUACGAAUAUGAAGCCGACAUGAAAGGCUUGUGACACAAUGUCCUAAAUGUAGCUUGCUCUCCUGCACUGAAGUCUGCAUUUCUCAAUCAUGUUGGAUAUAUGUAACUGAAAAUUAGAAAGUCACAAAUUCUAGGGGGGAAACCAUUAUUACCACCGUUUUCAGUGUUGUGGUGCUAUGAAUGCGAUAAAAGGUAAUAACUGUUGGCUGUCAGGAAGUGAAAUAAGAGACCCAAAUAUCUGUUUUCUGAAGAGGACAGUGUACUAAUUGAAGGGGAAAAGGUCAAGUUUGUUUUGAGAUUUUAACAAGUACAUUUGACUGCAUUCAUUUGUACUUGUUGUUAUCGUACUGGGAAUGCAUUUACUUUUGCGGUGGUUUUAUUUCGCAACAGUAGGGGGAAAGCGGUUUUAGUGGCAUUUUAAGUUCAUUGUUGAAACAAUUCUGUAGUGCGUUAAAAAUAAUGAAUUCAUGACAGAGUUGUCAUUGAAAUAAAACACCCGCAAAAGUUUCACGAUUCAUGAUACAAAAUAUUGUACUAUUUGCCAACUAUGUACAGACUAGUUGUCCAUGUAUUCUAAGAAAAAUGUCUGAUGCCCCUUUUCAGAAAUUCAUAUGGGCAUCUUCACCCUUUGUCCAAUUUUAACGGUCACAUUGUAAUUGAGGCAAAAAAUGAAUAUUGUAAAUCAUAAGUUCUGAGCAGAAGAGUUUAUGCAUGUCUAAAUUCUCAGGAACCAACUUGUUUAUGUGGUGAUACUGAUGACAUGGGCCUUUUGUGGGAUGGUUGCUGUGAACAACUUUGGCUUUCUAUUCAGACUGUUCAACACAAGGGGGUGUGCCAGUUUUUUUACUGUAGGGGGUUUGUAGGUCAUCUCAAUGUCCAGUGGCAGUUGGAAGAUUCACGCCUUCAUACAUGUGUUUGCAUUCUUUGAUAAUUUUGUGACUGGAAUAACAGACAUGAAGUGAAAUUUACCUGAGAGCUUUCAGCAUACCACACUAUACUCACAUAGUCAUAAGUGCUAAUACCGUGUUUCCCAGAUAAUUAUAUUAUGUCAAUUCCAUCAUAAAUUUUACAACUAUUGUUGGGCAUUUGGCACCCCUGCACAGUUUUUCUUGGUUUACUUCUACAUUUGAUAUCCCUAGAUGCAUACCAUAGCAAUGCCAAUGACAGUUUUUAGACAUUGCUGCAUUUAUCAGCUGUAGAGUUGAAACAUAGGGAGCCUCAUGUAUAUUACAUGACGUGAUGUAAAGACUGCUUGCUGAAGAAAGGAACAGGAAGAGAAGACAUUCAGACAUUACUUGUAUAUCAAACUUUCUAUUUUUCCAGUGUUUAAACCUUGUAGUUGUAACAAUAGAUAGUGUUCUUUAAUGUUGUA